CUCUUUUGACUGAUGCUUUUAUCUCCUACUACAUGUGUCCUAGGCUGCAAAGCAUCCUUUAAGCAAACAGGUUCCAUGAUACUAAAGUCACUGCAUAAUUAACUAGUGCGCUUCACUCCCUUUUCAGAUUUACUCAAUGCAACCUUUGUCUUGAGUGUGACCGCGCCUCAUCUUAAAACCUAGGUACGGAUCCUUCAAGGAAUUCAGUUCCUGAGAUAAACUACACCGGACCGUAUAUUCUUCUUACCAUGGAAGAUCUAAGCAGUGCGAACACACAGUUCUCUCUGAACCUCUACCGGAUCCUCUGUGAGACCAAAAGCAAUGGCAACAUCUUCUUCUCCCCCCUGAGCAUCACCUCUGCAUUAGCCAUGGUCUACCUGGGCGCUAAGGGGAACACCGCAGCUCAGAUAGCCAAGGGUCUUUCUUUCAACACAACGUCUCAUGUCCACUCAGAUCUACAGAAGUUUAUUUCCGAUAUUAACAAACCUGAUGCCCCUUAUCUGCUGAAACUAGCAAACCGUCUAUAUGGCGAAAAGACUUUCAACUUCCUGCAGGAGUUCUUGGACUCUACACAGAAGUUCUACAAAGCAGACUUGAUGCCAGUGGACUUUGUAGGGGCCUCAGCGGCAUCCAGGGGCCAGAUCAACCAGUGGGUGGAGGAGCAGACCAAUGGUAAAAUUAAAGAACUUUUGAAACCAGGAUCUAUCAACUCCAUGACAAGAAUGGCUCUCGUUAAUGCCAUCUAUUUCAAGGGAGAUUGGUUGAAAAAGUUUGAUGCAAACAACACAAAGGAAAUGUCCUUCAAAAUCAAUCAGAAAGAGUCCAAGCCAGUCCAGAUGAUGUACCAGAAGGAGAAGUUCCCCUUCAACUACAUCUCAGAGUAUGAGCUUCAGGUUUUGGAGCUGCCAUACAAGAGCGAGGAGCUGAGCAUGUUCAUCCUGCUGCCCCAAGAGGCCAAAAAUGGCUCCAACCCCCUGCAGAAGCUGGAGAAAGAGCUGACGCUGGAGAAGAUACAGGAAUGGACAGAAAGGGACAACAUGGAUACUGGGACGGACAUCUGCGUCCACCUGCCCAAGUUCAAGCUGGAAGAAGACUAUGAGAUGAAGGCCCCCCUGGUCUCUCUGGGCAUGACGGACGUGUUCGAUGCAGCACAGGCUGAUCUUUCUGGGAUGAAUGGGAGUGGUGGCCUCUUCCUCUCUACCGUUGUCCACAAAUCCUUCGUCGAGGUGAAUGAGGAGGGCACAGAGGCGGCAGCAGCCACCGCCGGUAUCGUGGCUUUCGCCAUGUUCAGGGAAGAGCACUUUGUUGCCGAUCACCCCUUUCUGUUCUUCAUCAGACACAAAAAAUCCAAGACCAUCCUCUUCUUCGGCCGAUUUUCCUCACCGUAAAUGAGCAGCUAACAUCUACCUAUGUGUUUCUGUUAAUCAUUGCCAGAAUACCUUCCUAUAGCUUGUAGAUGUACAACACACAAAUGCAUACUUAAUUCCAUUAUGAAUGAUUUUUUUUUUUUUUAGAUUAAAAGCAAUUUUCAAAAUAUCGACUGUUACUUUUAUACAGUAAAAAGCAACGGUGGAAGCA